AUGCUGAUUUUUUUCGUACUGUUUGUGGCUGCAGCUGCCGCUGUUCCGAGCCCAGAUCGGAAAGUCAAAAAUGAAGAGUCCCGUGAUGCGCUUGAAGUUGAAAAUGGAAACUUUACCAAAUUGUUGGAGAAAUUGUAAGAAAAAAUAACAAGGGAGUGCGAAGUGCAACGCUCAGAUUUUCUUUUGAUUUUGCACACAUGUUGGGUAUAGGCAACAUAUCAAUUCCUGAAAGUUUUAGCUUGCGCUUUGUUGGGAAAGCCGAGAUAUUCAACGGUCUUUGCGAUCGAGAGAGUACGAGAAACGCGGAGAGCGGUCAGAGAAAAUACCUUUUGUCUAUACCUUUGCCAAUUUUGUGCGGAACGAAUUGGUUUUUUUCGUGGAAGCACGAAUCCCCAAGACGGUUUGUCCCCAAGAGUGAUAGUGCUAUAUAGUACCACUUCGUACUAUACAGUACCAAGUGCUAAAACACGUUUUUUGAGCAGUACCGGGCACCAAAUCAACAGCAUUAACAUGUGAAGGGAUAGUUUUUAAUUGUGCUAUCAUGUGCUAAUAUGUAGUAUCUCAAUUACUCUGCAGUUUGUAUCAAUGGCCACAAUGCGCCCAGCUAUUUUCCCGAAAACUAACUUCUUUGACGUUAUCACCUUCAGCGCUCCACAGCAUCGUGACGGCAUCGCCGACCUUCUGCGUUGUGCCGCCCUCAAUUCGACCGAAAUAUUGGAGAAAUUCGCGUCAUUGGUUCUGGAGUCAGAACCACCCAUAUUCGAGUUCAUCAUUCCCGGUUAUCUGGAGCCAUGGCAGGCCAAAUGCUUCACGGAAUCCAACGACAAGUUCAUUGUGGCAUUGUUUAAUUUGCUCAAUGCGUUGGAGGGGCACUACGGCCCUCAGGUGGAUAAUAGAGCCAAAAUUUUCCCGCUCUUUGUGGCCUACACUGAUCUGUGUCAUAAAGAGUGAGUAAUCGGGUAUUGCAAGUACACUUUUCUUGUUAGUCCAAAAUUUCCUCCUACAGUAGGGGGGACAUUUUAUAGGAUGGAAAAUUUUCUCAAUUUGAUAUACAGUUAGGGACCUGAUCUAGUGACAAAAAACGUAUCAUUUUGCAUCCGGGAAGUAUAAAAAAUGCGACAAAAUGCUCACAAAAACAACGGGCGCGCUUUUGAAACCCGAAUUUUUUCACUUGGAGAUGGAGGUAUUUUGCUACAUUUUUGAUACUUUUCGGAUGCAAAAUGGUACUUUUUUUGCCACUGGAUCAGGUUCCUCACUGUAGUCCAAAAUAAACCACCAAAUACUUUUCGGCGAAUCAAUUUUUAGCUCCCUAACAAUUCGUUAUCCGAAGAUUUCAUUGCAUUUUCAUCCCAUUUUCAGCCACAAAUUUGCGUUGCCCUGCAAAAACGACUUGCAGUUCAUUCGUGAGAAUGUACGGGACCAACACACUGUAAGAAAAGAUGUGGAACGGCACUACAGAGCGGUUGAACUGACCGGAGCCUUGUCCUACGUCGUCGCUAAUUUGAUUCCAGGAGAGUAAGUGACGAAGAAGCAAAAUGCACGGGUUUAGGUUGUGUAAAUUCGACCUGGAAGGACGACUGAAUCCAAGCGUUUUCACGCGCAAGUUUGACCCUAAAGAACCGGCAAUUCAAACUUGUAAAGCCGGGGACUUCGAUAAUACCAUCUUCCUGGCGAGUGGUGCCUUCCUCUGA